CGCCUGUUGGCCAACGCGGGCCAGCUAGCUCAGACAGGGGAGUGCAACCCGGAAGACAUCUACCAAGUUGCCAGGGUCCUGGAAGAGAAAGUCCGCGACUUUAUCACACGGACAGAAUGCCGAAAGCAGUUGCUUGACAUGUCCGUAUCCUUCCACACGCACGCAAAAGAGUUGACAGCGUGGUACAAGGAACUCCAGGAGAGUCUGAGUAUUGAGGAGACGUCGGAGGCGGCAGAGGAGGCAGAGGAAGAACUGAACAAAUUUGAACAUCAGAGGGACAUCACCAUCGACGCCUCGGUCAACACCAUCAGCGAAGGACAGAACCUGGUGGAUCAUUUAAGACAAAUCGCCAUGGAUACGGGCAAAGUGACGUACAAUGGGGCGUGCAGCCACAUUGAGGGCAUCCUUCACAACUUGGAGGACGGCCGAUCCAAGCUGGACAGUCUGUGGGCCAGCCGACGGAUGAAGCUAGAGCUGUGCCUGCAACUCAGACAGUUUGAGAGAGACGCCUUAGAACUCUCCACCCAGCUGCCGAGGUACACGGCCGAGAUGCACGCUGCCGAUUUCAACUUUGACAUCGACACGGCCGACCUGAUGCUGAAGGAACACUUGGAUUUCUUUGACGGCAUGCAGGAGAGAACGGUGCAACUCAUACAGAAAGGUCGCGACCUGCAGCAGCUUCUGGAGUCGACGGGCAUCGAGCUGAUGUCCAGCGGUCAGUUCUCGGCUCAGACCAGGGUCCAGGUUCUCCUAGACGACAUCAAAGAUGGCUACCUGGAGCUGGAAGACAUUGCGGAGGUCCGACGGGCCAAGCUGGAGCAGUGUAGGAACCUGAGAGAGUUUGAGAUCGAUGCAGAACAGGUGGAGAGCUGGAUCAAAAGUGCUGAGAAGAUGCUCUUGAUGGUGACGGCCGUGCCCAACAGCUUUGAGGAAGCGGAGAGAUUACAGAAAGAGCAUCAACAGUUUGAAAAUGCCAUAGAGAAAACUCAACAAAGUGCAAUACGUCUCCACGACAAUGCCUACAAGUUGCUGGAGGUCCAUCACUAUGACAGCGAGCGGAUCCAGAGCAUUGCGACCAGCGUGGACCUGCGGUGGUCCCGUCUCGUCUUACGAUCCGAGGACCGGCGGAAACUGUUCCAGUAUGCUGGCAGCUUCUAUAAGACAUCAGAACAGGUCCAGUCUGUCUUGGAGGAUCUCCAACGGGACUACACUCGGGAUGAGGACUGGUGCAGUGGCGGCCGGGAGCACUCCACCCCAGUCUCGGAGACAGAGAUGCUCAAACUGAUCCAGAAACACCAAGACCAGAAGGAGAGUUUCCUAAAGGCCUGCACCAUGGCCCGACGCAAUGCCGAGAGCUUCCUGAAAUAUCUCAAGAAAUGUAACAGCGGCCAGCCGGCCGUCUCCCCACCGUCGGGGGUGGUGCGAGGUCCGGAGACUUAUGUCAAAAGGAUUCUGGAGGAGUUGUUGUGCCAAGAGGACAAAGUUCUUGAGAGCUGGACUCAGAAGAAGAAACGUCUGGAUCAGUGUCUGCAGUACGUCUUAUUUGAACGCAGUGCAAGACAGGCCUUAGAGUGGAUUCACGACACGGGAGAGUUCUACCUGUCCACUCACACCAACGUUGGAGAUAACCCUGAAGAGACGCAGGCACUUCUCAAGGAACACAAUGAGUUCAAGGGUACUGCCAAGGAUACACGAGAGAAAGUCAAAUUACUGCUGCAGCUUGCCAACAGCCUUGUAGAAAAGGGCCAUCUCCAUGCCUCCAGCAUCAAGUCAUGGGUGUCGGCCGUAGACAACCGAUACAGGGACUUCUCCCUCCGCAUGGACAAGUACCGAGCUCAGCUAGAGGGAAGGCUUGGGCUCAGUCACGAGGAUGAUGCUAAGGACCUGUCCAUCGACCAUCGCAUGUCCGACACCAGCCUGGAACUCAAGCUGCGAGACGCCAAGGAGUCGAACGAGGACAAGAGGAAGUCGGCACGGAAACGAGACUUCAUCAUGCAAGAACUGCUGCAGACGGAGAAGGCCUAUGUCAGGGAUCUACACUGCUGUAUCAAUAAUUACCUUUGUGAGAUGGUGGCCUCUGUUGUGGAAGUGCCUCAAGGCAUUUUGGGUAAGGAGCACAUCCUGUUCGGCAACAUUGAGGAGAUCUACAGCUUCCAUAAAGAUAUCUUCCUGAAAGAGUUGGAGAAAUACGAAGCUAUGCCAGAGGACGUCGGCCAUUGCUUUGUCACAUGGGCGGACAAGUAUCAGAUGUACGUGACGUAUUGCAGGAACAAGCCUGACUCCAACGCCUUGUUGAUGGAUCAAGCUGGUAGCUUCUUCGAGGAGAUCCAGAAGAAACAUGGCUUAGGCUUGUCAGUCCAGGCUUACAUCAUCAAACCAGUCCAGAGAAUCACCAAGUACCAGCUGCUUCUCAAGGAUCUGCUGGCGUGUUGCGAGGAGGGCAAAGGAGAGAUCAGAGAGGCCCUUGAAGUCAUGUUGAUGGUGCCCAAGAAAGCCAACGAUGCCAUACACUUGAGCAUGCUAGAAGGCAUGAAUGGCAACAUGGACGGAGAGGUCAUACUCCAAGACUCCUUCCAGGUCUGGGACCCUAAGCAGAUCUUCCGGAAGGGUCGGGAGAGGCACAUCUUCCUCUUUGAGCUCUUCCUCGUCUUCAGUAAGGAAGGGAAAGACAGCACGGGCAAGACCAAGUACAUCUUCAAGAGCAAGUUGGAUACUUCGGACCUUGGCAUCACGGAGCACAUAGAGGGCGACAGUUGCAAGUUUGCGUUGUGGACCGGGAGCACGCCGUCGUCCGAUAACAGGAUAGUACUCAAGGCAUCCAGUUUAGAAGCCAAGCAAGAAUGGAUCCGUAAGAUGAGAGACAUCGUGACCGAGAGACAGGUCCAUCUUCGUGCUGCUCUCAUGGAUUCCACGAAGCUAACGGCACCAAAGUUUGUCGCCAAGAAUGCGGCAUCGUCCAGAAGUUUGAUUCAGAAAACAGCAAGGGCCGCCAAUCUAGAAGAGAGUUUCCUCGACGAUCUGCUGCUGCCCCCUAGAGGCGACCGAGAUUCACUCAACUCUGUCUCCACUACGAACACGACCGCCACAGUGGACAGCGACAAGGAUCUGAGAGAAAGUUCCGAGUUUGUGGUCGUCAUCGAGGACUUUGACGCCCACCAUGCUCAGGAGAUCUCCGUCCAGAAGGGACAGACGGUGGAGGUCCUGGAACGACUGUCAACGCAGCCUGACUGGGCCCUUGUGAGGGCGCUCUCACCGGACCACGCGGGGCCCGUACAAGGCUUGGUGCCGCUCAGUCAUCUGGUCGCUUCGGGCUCGGAAUGUUCAGGUGAGUGGUGGGUUUGGUGUAAAGGUGCGUGAGUUGAUGGUCGUCUGGUGUGUGUGCUAAGAAAUACAAGUGUUUAGUCGGAACACAGCGUCAAAAUCUCGCACAGCAGAUUUAGAGUCUGUUACCAAACACGUACGAAGAGUGUGUGAAUCAUUGAGGGCAUCGCCUGUCUAUAGGGUGCAGA